AUGGUGAACAAGAGUAGCAGUGGCAGGAAGAGUAGUAGUGGCAGGAAUGGUGGCGGCGGCCGCAAUGAUUAUAAAGGAGUGAGAAUGAGGAAAUGGGGGAAAUGGGUAUCUGAGAUAAGAAUACCAAAGACUAGAGAAAGGAUUUGGUUAGGCUCAUUUGAGACGGCUGAGAAAGCUGCCAGAGCAUAUGAUGCUGCUGUCUUUUGCUUUAGAGGAGGUGGUGCUGGAGGACAUUAUAGCCUCAAUUUUCCGCAAAAUCGAUCAGCGUUAGAGACAUUCUUGUUGUCAACUUCAAAUUUUUGUUCACCACCAGCAUUGAAUCAUCGUAAUCCACCGCAACAACCAAGUCAUAUGACACGAUCACAAAUCAUACUUGCAGCUUCAAAAUAUGCAAAUUGUACCCAUGAUAAUGUCGCACCAUUGGAAAUGGCAGCGUUACCAACUAAUUCACUUGAUGUGUCUUCCACAUUGCCUGCAGCAGAGGCGAAUUUGGCAUCACAAACUGGAUCACCAGCUAUGUCUUCUGAAUUUCUAGUACCAAAUGCGAAUUUCCCGACUGAUUCACUAGCUAUGUCUGCUGCAUUGCCCGUAGAGAUUACGGAUUGGAUGAAUUCGUGGUGGGCAGAUAAAUUGAUAGCGUCGUCAUCUACAGAACCGUCGACGGUUGACAAACAGAGUUUAAGUAGCAGCCAUAGUAAUGAUGGCUUGAAUUCUAAUCAUUUUUACGGUCUCGCAGAGAAUCUCUAUUCACCGAUGGUUGAAGUAACUGAUUGGGACCAAGGUGUAGUAGGAAUGCUCGAAGAUGCUAUUGCGCCUGACAGUACUAGUGGUGGUGGCAGCUGCGACGCAUUCUAUCAGCUGGAUGAUCCAUAUUUUUGUUGGACAUACUGA